AUGUCGGCCACGGCUACGGCUCUCCCACCGCAAGUUGUGGUGGUUGACUUCCACCAUGCGCGAGGCCCCGAAGUCGAGUUCUGGGUCGAUUCGGCCGGAGAGGAGCUGUACAAGCGUAACGACUGGUCCCUGUUGCCAUUCAUGGCGCUGUCCGAUGGCGCACAUGCAAUGGCCGAAGAGUUCUCGUACUUUACGCUAUUGAACAAAGGUGGUGGCGGUGAGACUGUCACCAACAGCGAGGGCGAAUUUGCUGGAACCGGAACGGCUACAGGAAUGGGUACGAGCUUGUUCGGCAUAUCUUGUACUCGACAGAUCCGGUCGGAAAAGUUGAAGCGGCGGUCCGCGGACGUGACGAGGUCGACGGUGCAAAAGGCCGUCGUGGUGAUUUCGUCAACGGCCCAAUCCAUGGGCGAGCUCAGGGAACGCGUCGGCGCCGUGACUGCGGCGUGGUUCAAGCAGGAGGACUUUUCAGAUACCACGAUACUCAAGGAAUUCCAAGAGAGUCUGGCACGAUCAGCUGCUGUGCACGAGGACGGCAACGACCAUUAUUUCGGACUGUCUCUGCGAGAAAUGAUUUACGAAUUCCGACACCAGACUCUUGCGCUGGUCAAGUGUCUUCUUCUGCAACGCAAAAUGCUCUUCUUCGGCUCCAAAUGUGAAAGACUCUGCAUGAUGCAGUUCGCCCUCGUCUCGCUUAUCCCGGGCUUGAUCAGAAAUCUGCAGGACGCGGCCGAUCCAGGUUUAGACUCGUAUUCACAAACUUCAACAAGACCAGUCACGCUGAGGACGAGUGACAGGAACUCAUUAUUGUCUUAUAUGGGUCUUCCUCUACAGAUCUUUGGCAAGGGCUCUUUCUUCGGGCCGUACACACCCCUUCAACAGCUCGAUAUCCUGGCCGACUAUGACACCAAGUCGUACGUUGUCGGUUCGACGAAUUCGCUUCUCCUGCAACAAAAGGAGAAGUACAGCGACAUACUCAUCAACCUAGACGAAUCGAACAGCAUCACCAUCACAUCCCCAUCUCUACGGACGGCCUUGACCCUCUCGGCAGCCGACCGGCGCUGGAUCGACUUCCUCACUCAGACAGUGCUGGACACCUGGGAUCCUGACAAUCCCAGUCGACCGAAGAACAUGGGCUACGCGGGCUCCGAGGACGCCAUCCGUCUACAGUUUGAAGAGUACCUCCUCAGCCUGCUCAGCAGCAUGGCGUACCAAGUCUACCACGAGUCGAUGCAGACCGAGGCCGGGAUCCCAAGCUCCGUCACCAACACCGAGCACUAUCCAGACCCGGGGGACACGGCGGCCGACUUCAACCCGGAGUUUCUGGCCAUCUGGCGUAGCACGCACAACUUCGAGCUCUUUGAUCGGUUGACGCGAGGGCACCGCAUCUUCGACAUGGUCGAGCCACGGCAUCCGACCGCGGGCGGUCUGGGCGUGGAGGAUGUCCAGCGACGUCUGCAACAGAAUCUGGCCGACCUCCAUCUCGACGAGCGCAUGAGGGAAGGGCGGGAGCAACUCGGCAAGACGUUCGCCGUGGGCCGAGAGAGGGUCGCGCGCUUCUGGGCAGAGGUCGAACAGCGAAGAAAGGUCGGUGGGUCGUCCAGGGGCGGCAGUAUGAGUGGGAGUCGCGUAAGCGAGAGGAAUAGCGGCGGAGACCAUGAGAGCCUGGAAAAGGAUCAAGAGCGGGAGCGGGAGCUUGCUGUUCGUCCUCUUUCUCCUGAAGCAGGGUCAGGGUCAGGGUCAGGGCCAGGAUCAGGUUCAACCGGUUGGGCGACUUCAAUCCGCGACCGAGCUGCCAAGGUGCAACUGCAACGACCAAAUGUCGAUACCGCCCAGUUACAGGCUUCUGCCAAAGAGAAUGCAGCAAAGGCAGGCGCAUACCUGAGUAGUUGGGGGAAUUGGGCAAAGGACCGUAUGCAGCAAGGGAGGGGCGGUGGCGCCGGAGGAGGAGGAGGAGGAGGAGGAGGAGGAGGAGGAGGAGGAGGAGGAGGAGGAGGAGGAGGAGGAGGAGGAGGAGGAGGAGGAGGAGGAGGAGGAACUGUCACGACUGAUGCUGCGACCAACCCGACGACACCAGACAGCCACUGA